GUUGACUCCGGGUCCAUUGGCUGCAGUCUUUCGGCUUUCGAAACUGAAAAGAAGUCCGACUAGUUUCUACGAGUCGACUCUUUCAAACAGUCGGAUUCCCCUAACAGGCGGCCCACUGAGGAUGAUGGGAGAAAGAUGGCGCUGCCCUUGUUGAGGUGCUGUAGCUGUAACAGGCCCGUUUCCAUUCUGAUCCGGUACUUUACAUCAAAGCCGCUUUUAGUGAGUCAGUCCAGACGACUCGCACCCGUAUCGUCUUCUGUGUGUAGUCUUCGUCAGUACAGUUCUGAACGGGGGAGACACAAACAGAACCAAAAAGUUGUGGUUGUCGGCAUCCCGAACCCCUUCAUCUGGUUCCGAACCCGCAUCUACUUCUUUCUCAUCCGAACUUACUUCGACAAAGAGUUUAGCAUCGAGGAGUUCUCGGAAGGAGCUAAACAGGCUUUCUCUCACGUUUCAAGAUUGCUGUCUCAGUGUCAGUUUGAGUCUCUUGAGGGAUUAGUGGCUAAAGAUCUAAUAGAAAAACUUGAGGAAAAAUGCGCUAAUCUGCCGUUAAGCCACCAGAGGGCGCUGUCUGCCGAGUCAGAUGAGAUCAUGUACACAACUACUGGAGAUGUGGGCAUUUACUAUGAUGAUAGCGGUAGGAAAUUUGUAAGUAUUUUGAUGCGCUUCUGGUACUUAACGAGUGCCAGAAUUCCUGAAGAUGGUGUGGAGGGAGCGAGAAUUUUCCAGGUUGACAUUGGUGGAGAGGGAGAGAGACCAGAGACCAAGAGAUUGCUUACAGCCAAUUAUGAAUUCCAAAGGGAGUUUACCCAGGGUGUGACUCCAGAUUGGAUCAUCACAAGGAUAGAACAUUCAAAACUUCUUGACUAAGUGUGCGGAACUUGGAGAGCUUUUUUGUUGUUUUUGUUCAUUCAUUAUUGCUUAACAUGCCAACAAAUUUAGGCUUGAAUCUCUAACCCUCAUUGGAAAAAAUAAUUGUCAGCUCCAGAUACUCUCUAUGGACAGUUGAAAGUUAUGAAUGUUGAUUUCAUGUGUGCUUCAGUGGAUCACAUCUCAUGCACAUCUCAAGCGAUUAUCAUAUUAAUGGUUUGUAAAUUUGUAAGGCUCAUUGAAACUUUAAAAAAAAAAACUUUGUUUGAAUCAGAAUCAACUUUACUGGCCAAGUUUGAGCAUACAAGGAUUUUGUUACAGGUGUAGCGCAAACCAACAGUACUGGACUGAAUGGGACUAAUACAACAUGAUUACAGAUACAACAUGAUUACAGAUACUACAUGACAGUCAAAUUGUAAAUACAUUUAAGAACACAACAGUUUUUGUUUUUUUUUUCAACAUAAUUGAGUUUUGCUGUCAAGUUGACUGCAAAUCGAGCAAACUGGCAAUUGAACUGUAACACUGUAUCAGAAGCAUCUGAAAACCUUUGAAUCACUGCUUGGAUCAUUUGAAAAUAGACAGAUUGAUGAACUGACCUUCUUUAACAGUUUUAUAUAAAUUGACAUCUUAUGCAAAACAGCA